UCUUCUCCAGAAAUCUUUGCAAGUAUUAUGGCUUCUUCUGCUCUUAAUUACCCAAGGAGAUACCAUGUCUUCCCUAGCUUCCAUGGCCAAGAUGUUCGUCGACCAUUUCUCAGUCAUUUACACAGAGAAUUUGAGAGGAAGGGGAUUGUGUCAUUUAAAGAUCAGGAUAUCGAAAGAGGCCAUACGAUCGGACCUGAUCUCGUACAAGCGAUUAGAGAAUCGAGGGUCUCCAUCGUUGUGCUCUCCAAGAACUAUGCUUCAUCGGGAUGGUGCUUAGAUGAGCUGGUGGAAAUCUUGAAGUGUAAAGAAGAUCAAGGCCAGAUUGUGAUGACUAUUUUUUAUGACGUUGACCCGUCUGAUGUUCGAAAACAGAGCGGCAAUUUUGGAAGUGCUUUCGAAACAACUUGUCAAGGAAAAACAGAGGAAGUGAAGCAGAGAUGGACCAAGGCUUUGACUGAUGUUGCAGAAAUAGCCGGAGAACACUAUCUUAACUGGGACGAUGAAGGGGAGAUGGUCGGAAAGAUUGCCGCAGAUGUUUCCAAAAAACUUAAUCUCACACUCUCAAGAGAUUUUGAGGGCAUGGUUGGAAUGGAAUCUCACUUAAUGAAAUUAGACUCUUUGUUGUGCCUAGAGUGCGAUGAAGUGAAGAUGAUUGGAGUUUGGGGUCCUGCGGGAAUUGGUAAGACCACCAUUGCUAGAGCUUUAUUCAACAAACUCUCUAGCAAUUUCCUACUUAGUUGUUUUAUGGGCAACCUCGAGGGAGGUCUUAAGAGGAGCAUAAGGGGUGUUGAUGACUAUGAUUCCAAGUUGUGUUUGCAAAGAGAAUUUCUGUCCAAGAUUUUGAACCAAAAAGAUAUGAAGAUACGGCAUUUAGGUGCAGUAAAAGAAUGGCUGCAAGACCAAAAAGUGCUUAUAGUUCUUGAUGGUGUAGAUGAUCUAGAGCAAUUAGUGGUUUUGGCUAACGAGCCUAACUGGUUUGGUUCCGGAAGUCGGAUCAUUGUUACUACAGAAGAUAAAAAGAUUUUGAAGGCACAUGGUAUUAAUGUUAUCUACAAUGUUGAUUUUCCAUACGAAGAAGAAGCUCUUGAAAUAUUCUGCCUAUCUGCUUUCAAAAAAACUUCCCCACAAGCUGGUUUUGAAAAGCUUGCAAAGAAAGCAGCAAAGAUUUGCGGUAAUCUCCCGUUAGGCCUUUGUGUUGUAGGUUCAUCUUUGCGUGGUGAGACCAAAUCCGAGUGGGAGCUUCAGUUAUCUGGGCUUGAAAAUAGUCUAGAUAGCAAAAUUGAGGACGUACUAAGAGUGGGAUAUGACAAAUUGUCGAAGAAACACCAAGCUAUAUUUCUCCACAUAGCAUGCUUCUUCAACAAUGAGGAUGCUGACCAUGUGACGACCAUGCUCUCUGACAGUAAUUUGGAUGUAAGAAAUGGGUUGAAGAUCCUAGCGGAUAAAUCUCUAGUGUAUGUUUCUACUAAUGGGAAGAUAGUGAUGCAUUAUCUACUCCAACAAUUUGGUAGACUGGAAGUUGUAAAACAGUCUAAUGAGCCGGGGAAACGUCAAUUUCUAGUAGAAGCUCAAGACAUUCUCAAUGUACUGGCAAAUGGAACAGGUACUGAAUCUGUCGUGGGCAUAUCUUUUGAUAUGCCCAGGACCGAGGAGUUGUUUAUAAGUCGUAGAGCCUUUGAAAGAAUGUGUAAUCUCCAAUUUUUAAGAGUUUACAUUGGCCAUUCCAAUGAAAAUGUAAGCUUGUGCACACUAGAGGGCAUGAAUUAUCUACCUCGUCUAGAAGACAUGGAGUUUCUACCUCGUCUAAGGUUAUUACAUUGGAAUUCAUACCCAGGAACAAGUCUACCUCCAACAUUUCGGCCUGAAUUUCUCAUUGAGCUCAACAUGCCAUCAAGCAAAUUUGAGAAGCUAUGGGGAGGAAUCCAGCCCCUUGUAAACCUGAAGAAGGUAAAUCUGAACUUUUGUUCCAACUUGAAAGAGAUACCAAAUCUUUCCAGAGCUACUAAUCUUGAGACUCUGACAUUCAUCCAAUGCACGAGUUUGAUGAAGUUUCCGUCGUCUAUUAUGAAUCUAUACAAACUAAAAACGGUGAGGAUGUGGGGUUGCAAUAAGCUACAAGUUGUUCCAACCAACACAAGCUCAACAUCUCUUGGGAGAUAUUCCUCACGAAUGAGAACUUUUCCAGAUAUUACUAGGAACAUCGAGAAUUUUUGGAUUGGUCCAUCAUUCGUUGGUCGUCGUUGUCAUGGCCAAAUGCUUGAUGUAGUUGGCAGAGAACCCAAGAGAUUAGCACAUGUUCCAGAAAGUGUAAGGAAGCUAGACCUAAGCGAUAGUGGCAUAGAGAGGAUUCCAGACUAUGUCAGCGGUCUCCAUCGGUUACAAACUCUUAUCGUCGAAAACUGUAGAAAACUCAUGUCCGUGGAGAAUCUCCCCAGUUCCCUCAAGUCCCUACAAGCAAACAAUUGUGUUUCACUUAAGAGAGUCGAAUUGUCAAUGUUACUACAAGAUUCAGAUUCAAUCAGGGAACUCAUGUUCCAUAAUUGCUUAAGACUCGAUAAAGAAGCAAGAAGAGUAAUCUUAAAUCGAAGGUAUUCCGAGUAUGUAUGCUUACCAGGUAAACAAGUCCCCGCUGAGUUCACUCACAAAGCUGCAGCAAACUCCAUAACCAUCUCUCCGGGGAACUUUUCCACUGCUUCUUCAAGAUUUCAGGUUUGCUUCCUGCUAUCACCAAUCAAGGCCAACGCACUUGUGAAUGUAACUUGUUAUCUAAGAAACAAAGAAGGUGUCCUCAUUAACCAAGUCAACUAUGUGACGAAAUUGAGUUCAGGCGAGUCUCUUCAAGCUGGAAACCGGCAUCUCUUUAUACUUGGUGGUGACUUGUCACGCCAACAAAAUAAAAGCCCUGAAGUGGAUGUGAAUACAAGCGAGAUUCUCUUUGAAUUCACCUGCUCAGACAACCACAAAAUUAUUGAGUGUGGUGUACGGCUCUGGGAGGAGGAAGUCAAGAAACCUAUUAUCACUAAACGGUUCUGCUAUAAAAUCGGAGACCACGAUAAUGAUGGAGACUGUGAACCUGAAGCUAAAAGCAACAUUAGGUACCAAACAGCAGAUAAAGCUGCAGCUGUGGAGGCCUCUCAAGUUGAAAUCACCAAACACACAGGUCGAUGGAGUUCCACUUUCCUUAAGAAGUUUGGUUUAAGGAAGAUUUGAAAUUGUGAGAUGUAUAGAAAUUUAUAGUAUGAACUUUGAACACAAAAUCUUCAUUCAAACACUUUUCUUAUUAGAUAUCUUCUAAAAAUUUCUCACAAAAA